UAACCCAAAAACUAAAUAAACGAAGUUUUCGCUCCCAAUGUAAAAACAACUUUGCUACAAUGCCUGAUUCUCUAGAGGAUGCAGAUCCUUCGACCAUAUCGACAAUAUGUUUGGAAGGACAUGCCAAUGCCUUGGCCCUGAAUAAGGAUCACAAUCAGAUAGCAGUUGCCGGACGUAGCUUGCUCAAGGUUUAUUCCUUCGAUAGCGAUGGCUUCACAGAAGUUUGCAAUAUGCGUGGUACCAAAAGCCAAAAUCUCAGCUAUUCAUCCAACGACGUUGCGUGGAGCACCCUGGAUAGCAAUAUUCUGGCCACAGCUGCAACAAAUGGUGUGGUUUCCGUUUGGGAUCUGUCCAAAUUUGGACGACAAAAGCAGCUGCUUGUCUACAAUGAGCAUGAGCGCACGGCACACACAGUCACAUUUCACAGCACCGAACCAAAUAUAUUAAUAUCCGGCUCACAGGAUGGCACCAUUAAGUGCUUUGACAUACGCUCUGAUAAAUCGGUCAAUACGUAUUUUAGUAAUUCAGAGUCUGUUCGCGAUCUCAAGUUCUCACCACACUCGCAGAACGUAUUUUCUGCUGUGUCGGAGAAUGGCACCGUUCAACUCUGGGACAUGCGAAAGUGGGAUAAAUGUAUGAUGCAGUUUACGGCUCAUAGUGGGCCCAUCUACACCUGUGAUUGGCAUCCCACACGCAAUUGGCUGGCCACUGGCAGCCGAGACAAGCAGAUCAAAGUGUGGAACAUGGAUGGACGUGCCAGUCUGGAGUAUACUAUUCACACCAUAGCUGUCGUUGGCCGCGUCAAGUGGCGACCGGAGCGCACCUAUCACAUAGCUAGCUGUGCCCUUGUGGUGGACUAUAGUGUCCAUGUUUGGGACAUUCGGCGACCCUAUAUACCAUUUGCUUCCUUUAAUGAACACACAAACGUUACCACGGGCAUUGCGUGGCAGGGAAGCGACUCGCAUUGUCUGCUGUCUGCCGGCAAGGAUUCCAGCAUUUAUAAGCAUGCAUUCAAGGAUGCCACACGACCGGCACUGAAAGCCAAUGCACAAGGUGCCAGUUUGGGUAGACACGGCGACAUUUCAUUUGCCAACAAAAUCAAGGAAUAUGCAACAAAAUCAAGUGGUGUCUCCAAUACAAAAACCACAAACUUUAUAAGUCGACGGAAAUCCGUUUUGCCUGGGAACAUGCAGUUCCAUUUGGACCAUUCCAAGAUGUACAUGUUCAUGCUCAAAAAUAUGAACAUGGACUCUGGUACAGGGUAUCCAGCACAUGACACCACAACUGAGUUGCGAGUGCAUGAGUGCUUCAUUGGCUGCGCCAGGGAGCUACUAUUGAGUGGCAAGAAGCUGGCCGAAUUGUGCGAGCACAACGCCGAUGUGUCCAAGAAAUAUGGCAAGCAUAAUGCCACUACUUUGUGGAACUUUGUUAAGCUCUUCUAUGGCAGCAAUCUCUUUGAGCCACCCUUUGAGCAUCGUUCCUCGUUUUCCAAUCAAAAGAAUCCGAUGAGUUCUCGUCGUGCAACACAAGUGGCAAGUGAUUGGGCGCCACACGAACUAGGUCAGGAUGUGAAUGGAAGUAGCCAAGAAGUGGCGAAUGAAAUUGCGGAUGCAAGUGAAGAUGGCGAUGAGCUAGGCGGAGGGGGAAAGCAACAGCCACCGCCAACUAGUUCGGUAAUACUCUCUGAGACGCAAAUCAUUAGCGAGAUUACGUUUGAUAACUUUGAACUGUUGCGCAAUGGGUUUAUAUACGUCGGCCCAGCGGAUGUAACUAAAGCGUUGGCCUUUCCCGACACUGCGCUUCAUCAUGAUGUACAAGCUGCUCGACCUCAACCAGACUUGAAGGCCUCGGAUCAUGACGAGUCACCGCCACCACAUGUGCCCAGCAUAUUGAAAGUCAGUCAUGUGCCACCGAUACCCAUGUGGGAGCCGCAUCAAUUCAUGGCGGAUUCCCUAAUGCUGCAAACCGAUGUUGGCGAUGUGCAAACAGCAUUAACCGUGCUCAUAGUUUUAGGCGAGGCACGCAAAUUACUGCCGAUUGAAGAUGCCGUGGUUGAACAUUGGUUUCACAGCUACGUGGAUCAGCUGCAUCGCUACGAGCUGUGGAACGAAGCUUGUGAAGUGAUCAAUCGCGCCUGGGUGCGUUCUGUGCGACAGAUAAACCAACAAUCCACCGUCAUGCAUACGAAUUGCGGCGAAUGUGGUCGUCCACUAGGCGGCAAUGUGGGCUGGUAUUGUGAGAAAUGCAAAUCCAUGCAGUCGGCCAAGUGCUGCGUUUGUGGUCUGAUUGUGCGUGGCGUCUAUGCCUGGUGCCAAGGCUGCUCCCAUGGCGGACAUAUCGAGCAUCUGCAGCAAUACUUUGCCAAGCAUUCAAAAUGUCCGAAAUGUGGACACUUGUGUGCGUAUUCGUGAUACGUUGAGGAGCCUUUUGCCCAUUCUUAAUAGACCUACAUAUGAUGAAAACCAUAAUUUGCAAUUGUGAUGCCAAUUCUUGUACAUAAAACAAAGUGUUAGUCAUAAUUUUUGUAUAUAAUAUAUACACAUAUAUAUUUGUAGAAAGUUAAAGCUACUUGAUGAACGUGCUCUUGAAGGGAAGUAUAACAACAACCUUAUAUUUUAAAGGCGCGCCUCACAUUCAGUAGCAGAAAGGAGAGAAAAAAUUAUAAAAUUGAGAGUUCUGUAAGAAUUAAAAAUAGAAUACAACCAUUGCGGUUGCCUUAGCCAUAUAA